CAACUAUACGUCCCUCGCUAUCGAACGUGUCACAACGAUCCUACCCUUUCCUCUCCUUCAAUAUUAUAUAGUAUACACUGGUUCGACAACCCACCAUGGCCAUCUCUUCCCUCCUUCGUCGAGGAGUGGAGGUUGUCUCGGACUUCCAGUCCAAACAGCCCUCUCAGAGCCAGCCAACCUUCCAUCUGGCGGGCUGGUUGUCGGCGUUCUUCGUCUUUACUGUCCUCGCCUUCAUCGGCAUUCUUUUCUCGGUCGAAUACACUUAUGGGCUGCUAAUUCCGACCCUCGCGGCUGUGGAAGACACCAACCCCGACAUCUACGUCCGUAUUGACACCGACUUCGACCCGAAUAAGCCUGUCGAUGUGGCCGAUCCGGAAGUCGAAGGCAUCCGCCCCCAGCCCAUCACCAACAAGUUGUGCACUACUAUCCGCCAUCUCCGCGCCCGGGCUGGUCCCUGGUCCCGUUUCCGCGGGCUGGCCAUGUACUUGACCCUCAACUUCUCGUCACUGGUUGUGGGCUCGCUUUUGCCCUUCCGUUCGAUGGCCCAGGGUUCCUAUCUCACCACCUAUACCUCCCAAUUCAUCCUGUUCUUGGUUCUUGGCGUCCUCAUGGCCAACCUCGAGCUCGCCUGGGUUCACAUUGUCAUCUCCGAGCCCUCGCCGAAACGCUUCUAUCAGCGCAUUGGAGGCUUCCAGACUUGGAAGAAGAUAGUCCCGGUUACAAUUUUCCGCCAUGGCGUCGCGUUUGGCUCCGCCUAUCUGUCCUCCUUCAUCCUCCUCAGUGCCUUUGGCGUCCCUGAUUUCGAUUCUGCUCCGGAGUCUGAUGGUCCGCCCGAAGUUGCUGUUUUGAGAGCGGUACAACAGGUUCUCUUGCUCUUUGUCGUGGUGCCCGCAUUGAUUUCUUUCGUGGUCUCGAUCCCCGCACGGGCUAUUUAUUACCGUGUGGCCGCUUCCAUGCUCCCCGAGGAGGAUGAGGCCAUUGUGCCUUUCGACCGCUCGUACGGUGGCAAAGUCCAGCCUGCCAUUCUGGGUGGCAGUGGUCGGCUGAGCAUCUCCGAUGCCUGGAAGUCGCUCGAUCGUCCUGCCCUUGUCCGCUUCACGAAGGCGCUUUUCAAGGCUCAGGCCAUUGAGGCUGGCGUGACCGUGUUCUUCUCGUUGCUGAUCACCGGCCAGAUUCUUGCUGGAGCUGUGACCUAUGGGUUCGCCGGAGACAACGCUUAGGCAGAUUGACGGUCUGCUCUACCUUCGCCUUUCAUGAUAACUCUCUUGUAUUGGACUACAAUGUUUGUCUCACUCUUUGAAUGUGAAUUAAGUCUAUUCCAACACCAGUUGAACCCUCUAUUUUCUUGUAUUUAUUUCAUGGUCUAAGUACGUGACAAAAUUGUUUCAAUGACAUGCGUCAAUAUAUAAACCACUGGGUUAAGCCCAUAGUCGUGAG